AACAACCAAACGAACCAAACCAAAAGGCUUCUUGAAACCAAACCAAAACAUUUAAUCCUUGCAUUAGUGGUUUGUGAUCCAUGAUCCAUGCCAUUUUUUAUCUGUGCGGCGCGGUGCAUGUCAUUCGGUUUUUGAACAAACUGAAGACUUGAAGUAAGAAGACUUGUGUAGUAAUUAAUGCGUUGUGUGUUCAUAUUUACAAUCUAUCAAAAUAAAGUGGUUGAAAUAAAAACAAAUUAAUGUGUUACCGCUGGAUGAACAAUAAUAAAUGAGAAAAGAAAGCACUACAUAUAAUUUUAUGGUAAAAUAAAGCAAUUAGUAAAUACACUGAGGUAUUGAAAUGUCAUUUUUUACGGUAACCGCCGCCGCCGGCAUAAAUGAUAACAAAAUAGAUUUUUCUGACGAUUUAUUGGACUCCGAUGCCGUUGUAGAUAAAUUAAUAAGAGAGUAUGACGAAUCGUACGUACCCUUACCAGACAUUGAACAUGAACCUCACAUUCUCAUAUCCAAGGUUCGCAAACAUUACAUGGAUUACUUAAUAAAACAACUAUCAUUAAAUUAUGAAACAAGUCAAAAACUUGUGAACAAGAGUAUUUAUUUACCGAGUGCUAUAUGGCGGUGUGCUAAGACUAUUGAAAUGAAGGCUGCUCAGAUGUGCAUGGUAGUACAACUUUACAGAAAAUAUAUUGUUACAGCAAUAAAAGAGCUAAGGACCGACACAAAGCGAGGUAAACUCAACAAAAACUUGUAUGAAUGCUUACAUCGAGCACCAGAGAAUGAAAAGAAAUUGCAAACCACCUUGAAUCCCCCUGAUUGUAAUUGUCAGUGUCAUCGCAGUCUCAAAAGAAGACGACGCAACAUGUCUCCUGAAUCGCCAUUUAACACUGAGAAAAUGGUUAAAAAUAAGGAUAAUACAUUUCAAAUUACCAAACCGCAAGGUUUUACCCAAGUCUUUAAAAUAAAUGUUGAUGUUUCAAACAAAGAGAUGCCACAAAACAAUUCAUCAAUAAAUAUAAGUAAACCAGAAAUACACUUUUCACCAAAAUCCUCAAAACGUAUGUCCAUAGAAACCCAGGAAUCUGAUGAAUUAAUGGUACAGUUGGAAAAACUGUUCCAAGGAGAUCCUAAUGAUGCUGACUUAUUUGAGAGUGCACUCUGUGAUACACUUGACUCUGUGGUGAAUGAUGAUAUUGCUAAAAAAAUACGAAAUGAAAAUGUUGGUUGUUCUAAACUACUACUUCAAAAUCAGGAUUCUUUGGUUGGAAAUCAUUCGGCUGAAAUAAAAUCUUUAGAUGAGAGAUUAGUUUCUCUAGAAAUGAUGUUAUCAAAUACUACUGAAAACAAUAAUAUGACUCAAGAUAAAGUUGAUCCACAAAAGGUCAAAAAGCCUAAUUCUACUAAGUGGUUGUGUGAAGAAUACUUUUUGAAAACUCGUUAUUUUGAACUAUUAGAUCUGAUUGGUGAUACAAAUAGAAAGAAACUUGCUAGGAUAAAAGAAUUGUUACUGGAGCUAUUUGGUGAAGACAGUGAUGAUGAAGGAAUGGUUUCACCUCUAGAAGAAACUCCAGAGUUUAUUCUCAGUUGCAAGGAGCGGAUUGCCCCAUGGAUUGUUAAACUGUUAACACCUUACUACAUCAAAGGGCGUAUCAGAGGAAAGGCCUUGUUUAAAGCUUUGGCAAAGCAUUUGAUAAGACUCAUUUAUCAGUGCAGUCGGCAUCCAACUGAAUAUGAAGUACAAAGCUUUGUAUCAGAUUUUUUGGAAAACCACAAAAUGAUUACAUGUGAAGCAGAUUAUAAACAAUUUAGGAUUGAAAAUAUUUAGUAUAAUUACUAACGAUAUUUCUUGUUGAAUUUGUUUACCAAUGAGUAUGUUUUGAUGUGCUGAAGAAGUGUUAAUGUGACUGUGACAAAUAUUUUCGUUUUCAUAGGUGCACAUUCAAUUGAUUGAUUUUACUUAAAUAUAUCCUGUGACUUGGUACAAAGUCAAGAGCUUGUCAAGCUUGACAUUUAAGACUUAAAUCCAACUCUAUGCCGCUUACGAUAAGAACAGUCCAAAGUACAGUGUCAAGCUUGAUGUGGUGUUAACUGUAUAAGAAGUGCUUAAAUAAUAUGGACUGUGUAGGUAAGUUUUGUACCAAGCCACAUAUAUAAAUUGAAACAAGAUUUUUGUCUCUGCUAAUGGCAUUGGUAUAUUUACUUUUAUGGACCUAUGGAUUGAUCAUUCAGGUAAUUCUGAUGCUGGGUGUAAUAAGACGGUAUAUGUAUUUUUUGUUAUUGUCAGCAAUAACAAAGAAUGCAUAUACCCGAUUUUAAAACUAAAAUCUAACUAUUUUGUGAAACAUUUAGUGUGUUAAGGGAUAGUUCAUGAAAACAAAUAUUGUAAUGUGUUAAGUAACGUGGAUUCGUAGUUUGUAGUACAUAAUAUGUACAUACGUGCUGUGUGAUGACAAAGCACUAAGUAUUAGUGCAACAUUUUCGCUAGAAAACAUUAACUGGAAAUUUAUUAUUUUAAGAAUACCUACAGUGUAUUUUCGUGGUCGAAGUCUCGAAAUAAGGGUGAAACUUGUUUUUUUAGGACACUGAGUGUGUAAAUCACGUGGCACAGUGCUUUUUUCUGCUGUUCUAAUAUAACACUAUCUGGGAACAGUGUUUAUCACAUGG